UUGUCCCACAGCAGCUUCACGUCCUCUCUGACUGACACUCGGACUCUGAGCAUGGAGCAGAGCAGCGCGCACUGACCCGCAGCAGCUCUUCACAAUGACGCGUUAAAUUCCUGCUUCCUUUGGAGAGCGGAUUGUCUCUGAACCGGACGGGACACCAGCAGAGAUUGUUUCAGCCCUCAGAUGGACCGAGUGCCCUCGGCACUGGCCGCGAAGAUGCGCUGGAUCACGCUGAUGCUCGCCGGCUUGACUUUCUGGGGGAAAGUGAGUAUUUGUAACUGUUUCGACUACGCCGAUCCGGACUACGAUUAUUACGAAGAGGAGAAGACGGACAACAUUGACUACAAAGACCCGUGCAAAGCCGCUGUAUUCUGGGGAGACAUCGCUUUAGAUGAGGAAGACUUACAGAUGUUCCACAUUGAUAGGACGAUAGACCUGACACAGCAUGCGCACUCUCAACAGGGACACACAUCUGGUGGCCUGGAGGAACAUGAAAUUAGUAAAAGGAAAGGACUGUUGUAUCUUCUGCUGGACAGAAUACACAGAUUUGGCUUUGAUUAUCUCCCGCAGAACUUCAGCAAGGGGGCCGCCAGUCCCAAGAGCCAAAGUGGAAAAGCUGGGAAGACUGGGAACGCGGUGAAGAGCCGUUUUCCCCGAGCAGCCACAUCCCGAGCUGAGCGGAUAUGGCCUGGAGGAGUGAUUCCCUACGUCAUUGGAGGAAACUUCACUGGUAGUCAGAGGGCCAUGUUUAAACAGGCCAUGCGACACUGGGAGAAACAGACGUGCGUUACAUUCAUCGAGAAGACAGAUGAGGAAAGCUACAUAGUCUUCACCUACAGACCCUGUGGGUGUUGCUCCUAUGUGGGUCGUCGUGGCAACGGGCCGCAGGCAAUCUCCAUAGGCAAGAACUGUGACAAGUUUGGUAUUGUGGUGCAUGAACUAGGUCACGUGAUUGGCUUCUGGCAUGAGCACACACGACCUGAUCGGGAUGAUCAUGUGACCAUAAUCCGGGACAACAUCCAACCAGGCCAGGAGUAUAACUUUCUCAAGAUGGAACCAGGGGAGGUGAACUCUCUCGGGGAGCCGUAUGAUUUUGACAGCAUCAUGCACUAUGCGAGGAACACCUUUUCACGGGGGAUGUUCCUUGAUACCAUCCUUCCAUCCAGAGAUGAAAACGGGGUCCGGCCUGCUAUUGGCCAGAGGACCAGACUCAGCAAAGGAGACAUUUCACAGGCAAGGAAGCUGUAUAGAUGUCCAGCAUGUGGCGAGACACUGCAAGAGUCAACAGGCAACUUCUCAUCUCCUGGUUACCCAAACGGAUACCCUUCAUACACACACUGUGUCUGGAGAAUAUCUGUUACACCUGGAGAGAAGAUUGUUCUCAACUUCACCACCAUGGAUCUGUAUAAGAGCAGUCUAUGCUGGUACGACUACAUUGAGGUUCGAGAUGGCUACUGGAGGAAAGCUCCACUACUUGGCAGGUAUUGUGGUGAUAAGGUUCCUGAGGUCUUGGUCUCCACUGACAGCAGAAUGUGGAUUGAGUUCCGCAGCAGCAGCAACUGGGUAGGAAAAGGCUUUGCGGCUAUUUAUGAAGCGAUCUGUGGAGGGGAGAUCACCAAAGACUCGGGACAGAUCCAGUCUCCCAACUAUCCUGAUGAUUACCGACCGUCCAAAGAGUGUGUGUGGAGAAUCACGGUGUCCGAGGGAUACAGUGUCGGGCUCAGCUUCCAGGCUUUCGAGAUUGAGCGGCACGACAGCUGUGCGUACGACUACCUGGAGGUUCGCGAUGGACCUUUGGAAACUAGCCCUCUGAUCGGUCGAUUCUGUGGCUAUGACAAACCUGAAGACGUGCGUUCCACCUCGCACACGCUGUGGAUGAAGUUCGUGUCCGAUGGGACGGUUAACAAGGCGGGGUUUGCUGCUAACUUUUUCAAAGAGGAGGAUGAGUGUGCCAAGCUAGACAAUGGUGGAUGUGAACAGAGGUGUGUAAACACUCUCGGCAGCUUCAAGUGCGCCUGUGACCCAGGCUACGAACUCGUCCCAGACAAGAAGAGCUGUGAAGCGGCGUGUGGGGGUCUCCUCUCUAAGCUGAAUGGAACUAUCAGUACUCCUGGCUGGCCAAAAGAGUAUCCACCCAAUAAAAAAUGCAUUUGGCAGGUGGUCGCUCCUACACAGUAUCGCAUCUCCAUGCAGUUUGAGGCCUUUGAACUGGAGGGUAAUGAGGUGUGUAAAUAUGACUAUGUGGAGGUGCGCAGUGGAUUGUCAUCUGACUCAAAGCUUCACGGUAAAUACUGUGGCACAGAGGUUCCUGAAGUUAUCACGUCUCAAUACAACAACAUGAGGAUUGAGUUCAAGUCUGACAAUACCGUCUCUAAGAAAGGCUUCAAGGCUCACUUUUUCUCAGACUGGCUGGUCCUGUGUCUUGUUCGUUUGUUUAUUUUUGAGUCCUGUCGGGACAUAAGACCCGCUCGUGGCCGCAUCAACAGCAAGCUGGCAAUCCCACAAAAGGUCAGAGACAAGGAUGAGUGCAACAAGGACAACGGCGGCUGCCAGCACGAGUGUGUCAACACUGUGGGUUCGUACAUGUGUCAGUGCCGUCACGGCUUUGUGCUGCACGAGAACAAACAUGACUGUAAGGAAGCUGAGUGUGAGCAUAAGAUCCAUAGCCCCAGUGGAACCCUGAGCAGCCCGAACUGGCCGGAUAAGUAUCCCAGCCGUAAGGAGUGCACGUGGGACAUCACCGCCACGCCGGGACACAGAGUCAAGAUAACCUUUAAUGAGUUUGAGAUCGAGCAGCAUCAGGAAUGUGCAUAUGAUCAUCUGGAGUCCUUUGACGGCGACAGUGACACUGCGGCCAUCCUCGGUCGGCUGUGCGGCAGCAAGAUCCCGGAGCCGCUGGUCUCUACAGGCAACAGGAUGUACCUUCGCUUCAUUUCUGAUGCCUCGGUGCAAAGAAAGGGCUUCCAGGCCGCACACUCCACAGAGUGUGGCGGUCGCUUGAAGGCUGACGCUCGCCAGAAGAACCUCUACUCCCACUCUCAGUUCGGCGACAACAACUACCCCGGUCACACCGACUGCGAGUGGCUGCUGAUGGCCGAGCAGGGCUACGGCAUCGAGCUGACCUUCAUUACCUUCGAGGUGGAGGAGGAAGCUGACUGCGGUUAUGACUACAUCGAGCUGUACAAUGGGUACGAUGCCAACUCGCACCGGCUGGGUCGCUUCUGCGGUUCCGGGCCAAGGGAGGAGAUUUACUCACCCGCACACACCAUGAUGAUCCGUUUCCACAGCGAUGACACUAUCAGCAAGAAGGGUUUCCACAUCCGCUACACGAGCAGCAAGUUCCAGGAGAGCCUUCACACCAGGAAAUGACCUCAGAAGCAGCAGGUGACCUCUUACCCCUGUGCAGCCCCACCGCCUUGACCUUGAAAGUGCAACCUGGCUUCCUUCUCGGGCCCGCACCCGCAUUGCCCGCGAAGACGAGGGUUAGCGUUGUGAAUGUUUGCAGGCCACCAGAGGGAGACAGAGCUGCGGCAACUUUUGUGUUCCGCUGCGGUGGAAAAAAAAGAAGUUUUGGGGAGCGACAGAUUUACUGCACACCAACACGCCAUUGUUCACAUGAUGGAAAGAUUGACCUGGAUCAGAAAUCCAGAUGCUUUAAGGAACAUCUCCCAAACACAACAUGCAGUUGCUGUGAGUCUUGAUGUGUGCAAAAUGCUGCUUCACCACAGACACUAAAAGAAAACAUUCUUAUUGCCUUUGACUCCUGGGAAGCGUUGUGAGAACAGCCGCGGGUGGAUUCAUCUAAAGUCUUAUCCUAAAACCCAUCGUAUGAAUAAACAAACAAUGAAGCUUUGCUCGAAGCUUGUGCAGCUCAUCUUUUUUUUCUUUUUUUUUUCUUACAUGAACUGGCAGUGAUGAACUGUGAUGACGUUCAGCCUUGUGAUGCGUGAAACUUUGUCGUCAUGUAGCAAAGACACAGGAGGAGAGACUUUGGUGAUGUCACGACAGAGAGAGGGAUAUCCUGUUUCAUCCCUGAUACGUCUUUUUUGCAGUUUGAAGGGAAUAUUCUUCUGGUGGAAGGAGAGAUUCCCAUGGUGCUAAAAAAAGAAAGAAAAAGUCCCCACACACCGUUCAUCACUUUUCAGAUGGAGACAGAGCGUGCAAACAGCUCUCUGCAUCAGCAGCACUAGUCCUGUGGAACUACAAUAUCGCCUUAGAACCAAACUGCACGCUGACAGAGAACCUCUCCUGUGCUGCUGCACGGGUGUAUUUAAAGUUUUUUUCUUUUCAUUUGAAGAAUGUGAAUGGAUUUAUUGUAAAACAAACAAACAAACAAACAAAAACAAGAACUGUAGUCUGUAUGGAGGCUGUGUUUGUGGUGCAUGUUUGUGCUUUAUUUUUGGAGAUGUAUAUGAAUACAUGCUUACACGUCACCAAACAUGCAUUCACUCCUACAUUUUUGUGCAUUUUUUCCUCCUGUGUGCAUGUUUACAUGUGCGUGGUCCACACUCUCCACUAACUGUCAUUAUUGUUUCAUUGUGAUGCAGUGCAGUUUUUUGGUGUUCUCAGCCUUUGAAAUCACUGACUCAUUUCCUGGAGCUUCUGUUUCACUCACUGUUUCAAGCAUUUCAAAACAGUCAAUAAUUUUCUGAAGCAGCCGGUGCAUUUAGUAUAGUCUUUCAAAACAGAGAAACAUUUUCUGAAGCAACUGUUUCAUUGUGUUUUGAACAUUUUGAAACAGCAAAUCCAGUGUUUCCAACAUCCAGCAUGAAUCAUUUUCUUGAGCAAUUGUUUCAUUCAGUGUACCAAGCAUUUCAAAACAACCUGUUUGUGAAACAUGGAAUCCACACUUA